GAGACAUGGCGUGUGACGCGGCCGAGCUGUGUGUGCCCAUCUGACACUCUGAGACAGCGUGUCUGGCUGCGGCGCGUGAGGCGGCAUCGGUGAUGCUGGGCCACACGAGGAGAGACGGGGAGCCCCCGUGUGUGGCGCUGGGGGGAGGGGGAGGGGCCGCGACUGUGACGAGCGAGCGCGGGUCAGUCGUGAGACUGCGUGGCCCCCGCCGCCGCGCGCGGGGCAGAGCGUGCACGUCGAUCUGAGGGACCGCGAGGCCAUGUCCAACAACAUGGCCAAGAUCGCGGAGGCCCGCAAGACGGUGGAACAGCUGAAGCUGGAGGUGAACAUCGAUCGCAUGAAGGUGUCGCAGGCGGCGGCCGAGCUCCUGGCCUUCUGCGAGACGCACGCCAAAGACGACCCGCUGGUGACGCCGGUCCCCGCCGCAGAGAACCCCUUCCGCGACAAGCGCCUCUUUUGCGUCCUGCUCUGAGUCUUCGCGACAGCUUACCCCCUCCCUCGCCAAAGAGUGAAUCCAAUAAACGUGGCGGCUGUGGUGGUA